AUAUAUAUUUUUAAUUUUUUUUUUUUUAAUGUGGGAAAGGAGAAAAAUCAGAUGAACAGGCUGUAUGUAUAAUUUUUGUGAACAAAUGGGACUGACGACAACACUCUUCCUUCUCCUUUUUGUCCUUUUGGCUCUCUCUCUCUCUCUCUCUCUCUCUUCUUUCUCUCUCUUUUCCACCGGCGACCAUUAAUUCUCUCUCCUCCGCUUCUUCCCCUCGCCCCCCCCCUCAUUGUUACAAACCCUCAUUCCUCGAUUUGUUCUUCUCUACCCCAAUUCCGGUUUUGCCCCUUUUGAACUCUUCUUCUCCCUCACACACACUCUCAGGAGACGUGACGGCGACUUCUUUAUUACUACUGAGUCUCACAGCUUUUGACUCGCCGCUGGGGACUUUAUUGCUCCCAGAAGGCGAAGGAGAUAAGCUUACCCAACAAUGGGGUUUCUCUGUUGUCUCCAGGUGCUGCUUCUGUUUCUCUCUCUCUGCUCUCUUCCUCUACAAGCUCAAUCUACACCCAAUGCUUCGUCUCUUGAUGCUCUUCUCCAAGAUUACUCUUUUAGAGCCUUCGUUCGUCCUCGUACCGGCAUUCUCUACGAAGGUACCGUCCCUUCCAAUUUGACUGGGAUCAAACUCGCUGCCAUGAGACUCAGAAGCGGAAGCUUUAGAAAACGUGGAGUCACUCCUUUUAAAGAGUUCUCGAUUCCCAGCGGCGUAGUCGUGGAGCCGUAUGUGACAAGGCUUGUCCUGGUUUAUCAAAACCUAGCUAAUUUCUCCCACUUGUACUACCCUUUGUCUGGUUAUGAUUAUGUGGCACCUGUGUUGGGUCUUCUCGCUUACGAUGCCAAGAAUCUCUCCGCCACUAAUUUGCCUGACCUUGAUUUGAGGGUCUCUAAUGAUCCUAUCAGAAUCGAUUUCUCUGAUCUGGAACGAAUCCCUCAAGGCUCUAGUGCUAAGUGUGUUAGAUUUGAUUCACAAGGUGUUGCCAGUUUCAGCGAAUCGAUUCAGCCUGGAAACACAUGCGAGACUGAGCGUCAGGGACAUUUCUCUGUUGUCGUGAAAUCUGUGUCAUCUGCCCCGAGUCCAGCUCCUCCAGGGGAUGAGCAUAGGAAGAAAAAGAAGGAGAGCUCUGAUUCCAAUUCCAAGACUUGGAUCAUCCUUGGGUCGGUGGUAGGUGGAUUGAUACUAUUUGGGCUUUUGCUGUUUUUGGUCUUGAGAUGUCGGAAUUACAAGAAGCAAGAGAGAAUGAGAGAGAUGGAGAGGGCUGGAGAGACAGGGGAAGCUCUGAGGAUGACUCAGGUUGGAGAAACUAGAGCACCUACAGCUACUACGACUCGUACACAACCAAUGCUUGAAACCGAAUACGCAGCUUAGAUUACUUUGUGUACAUCAUCAUCACCACAUCUUCUUGAUCAUCUGUUACUGUCUUCUUCUUUUUUUACUUCAAUUAUUCUUCUUUUGGUAAAGUGUUUUUUUUUUUCUGAUUAUUUUUUCUUUGUGGUUAGCAAGUUGAUACUUCCACAUUCAUCUUGUUUCUCUACUGGUGAUAAGGAAAUAAGUAAUAUUGUUUUCUUUUCGUGCUCUCAAAUCGCAAAACUUUGGUGAUCUCUCUCUCUCUCCAUGGAAAUGAAAAGUGUUGGAUUGUUUCUGGAGUG